AUGGCUCCCAAGAAGAAAGCCAGUGGAAGAAUGGGAAGACAUUUGCAGAAAAGACAGGAAGAGGACACGCCAGAGACAGAUACAGAGAAAGAGAGGGAGAUUGUGGACAGAGAAAAGGAUGACCCUUCUUCCUUCUCAAGUGUGAAUGUUGUUUCAGAGACACAACAUGAAGUUAUUACAGAGACUGAAAUACAACAGUCAAGUGAAAAAGAGCCCACAGUAAAAAGGAAGAGGAGAAUCAGAGUGUCCAAGAAAGAAAUUCCUGAGUAUAAGUGGAGAGAUGAGCGUACCAGAAAAUUAGCAGAAUAUGUAAAAGACCACCCACAGUUGUAUGACAAGAGACAGAAGUACUGGCUCAAUGUGGCUGCCAAAUCCCAAUUAUGGACAAAGGCUGGAGAACAACAGGAACCUCCUGCCUCUGGUGCCCAGUGCAAGAAGCUCUAUGAGAAUAUGAGAACCAGAGUGGGCAAGAUAAUGAAGAAGGAAAAGAAAAGUGGUGCUGGGCAACCUGAGAAGAGUGUUAAGGACCAGGAGAUCAUGGAAACAUGGAAAAUUAUCUCAAUUAAUCUGUGUAAUUCUAAUGAAUUUGAAAUUGUUUCAUUUGCCAUUCAAGGGUCAGCAGAGACAGUAACUGGGACUGAUGAGGAAGAACUGGAUGAUGACCUGUCUUCUGCAGGCUCACAUGUACCUGUUAUUUUGGGAAUGGGGAAAGGGGUAGGCAAGAGGUCAAGGCCUCCUUCUGCCACACCAUCUACCAUAUCCUUUACUUCCAGUGUUUCGCCUGCUUCCUCCAUCACACAGACUAACCUGAGUGAAGCUGUCAGGCAGAUGCUCUCCAAAGCUGACUACAUGGGACACAUUUCUAAUUUAUCCGGGCACCGAAAAAUUGUUAACGACUUCGUCUGUUUGCUGGAAGGACAUAUGCAGGCGAUACCAGAGGACUCCUGGCAUAACUUUGAGAUCGAUUGCCUGAACCUUGUCCAAAGGUUCAGAAAGCGUGGUGAAGGUACGCAACAACUGCAGCAACACCAGCAGCAUCAGCAACCUCCAACCUCACAGGCCUCAGAACAGCAAUCCUGGCAGCCCCCACAGCAGCAAGCCUGGCAGUCAUCCCAGCAGCAGCACCCUCAAUCAUGGCAGCAGCCAUAGAACUCAC